GUAUAGAAAGUCGGUGAACAAUGUGACUGACUGUUCGCGAAGUGUUGUAAGUUUUUUGAAAAUAUUUUUUAGGAAAUUUUUUUAUUUUCAAAUCACCCUUCUUCCGGUACCAGUUCUGUGAUUUUUUUAUUUGUUCUACAUGAUAUUUUUGUUACUAUUCAUCAGCAUCCUCGACUAAAAGCAUCGAUGACCAUGGAUCCACCUGAGGAUAUCCCAUUCGAGUAUAGUUAAAAGCCAAAUAAAAAAGUUAAAUUAAAAAUUAAAUGUAAAAAAAAUUUUCGAUCAAUAAUGUCGUUUGCAUUAUUGAUAAUUUGUGGGUUUCUCGUAAUCUCUUCCACUUUUGCGACCCUGAAUCCUGAUGGGCUAAAAUGUGGACAACAAAAAUGUUCGACGACGGAAUAUUGUUCACCUUUCGAUUCACAAUGUCGGCCAUGUUCUGCAAUUUGUGAUCCAAAAAGUCACAAUCAUCAACCUGAUUUGUGUACAAAGGACUGCCAAGAAUACUUGCACGAUCAGAGAUAUGUUCUUCGGACGGAUUUGAGACUGGAAGGGGACCUGAGAGAUGAGAUUCAAAAGCAAUGGACUCUUCUUAAGAUUUCUUUAUCACUGACAUGCAUCUCCUUACUUGCAAUAAUUUUCGUACUAACCAGGACAUUGGUCAAGUGGAAGAAAGUAAAAACUUUCGCCCAGAAGACUUUUAGAAAAAAAUGGCUGAAGGUGACGAAACAUACGAAUAAAGUUCGUGACGAUGUGGAGGUUGGAGUUCCAAAACAAAAUGGCCUAAAACUGACAAUGCCAACAAUAAGCCAAAGUGUGUCAGCUUCUGAAAGAAUGUCUAAUGAGGAUGGAACACCAAGUACUACAAGUACUGAUUUAUCUAAAAAUAAUGCAAGUGAAGAUAAUUUUUUGGGAUAUGCUUAUGACAAUCUAGCAAUGACAAACAGCCCGGAAACUUCACAAACAAGACAUAAAAGGGAAAGCUCCCUCUGAAAUUUGCUAAAAAAGG